AUGGUACCCUACGGCCUGACAGACCACUGGUUUGCAGUGAGGGUGACGCUCAAGGCGGCGGCAGCAGAUGAUCAUGGGCCGGGGUUGUGGAGGCUCCAGAUGCCUCGGUCCGGGGGUGAUGGUGUCAAGAACAUCGUCUCGGUGGUGGUGUCGUCACAUGAGAGCUGUCCGGGUCAAAGCUUGGAGAGACUUGUGGUGAACCUGCGUGCAUGUAUGCGUGCUCAUGUAACAGAAAAGAGAAAGAGGGUGAGAGCGACUUUGUUACACCUGGAACGGAAGGUGGAAGAGUUGCGAUGGAAAGUGAUGGCGGACGCCUCAUCGCAGGCCCUAUACAAGGAGCUGGUCAAGGCUGAGGCAGCACUUAAACUCUAUCAGGAUGAUAGCAAGGAGCGGCUACAGGUCAUGACGGGGCUGCUGGUGGAGCUGGCCAGUGAAACGCCUUCGGGUUUCCUGUCGGGUUUGGCCAAAUCGAGAAAGGCAAAGACGGAAAUUAUGGAGCUGGGAAGCGUAGCGGAGGCAGCGCCUGGUCGCACCGCGGAGCCAUGGCCGAUAGAUGAGGGAAGGAAGCUGCAGGAGACGGACAAGCUGCAGCUGGAUGCGGAGUGGUCGGAGCAAGAGGUGAAGGCAGCGCUCAAAGGCUUACCAGUGGGGAAGGCCCCGGGGCAGGAUGGGCUGCCGAAGGAGUUUUUUGAACGCAACUGGGAGCUGCUUGGCCCGGCUGUGAUGAAGGAGGUUCGUGGCUUCGAGUCGACGGGGGUACUCUCGGAAGCCUUUACAACCGCGGUAACCAUUCUGCUGCACAAGAAAGGAGACAGAGGCGAUUUGGGAAAUUACCGACCGAUUACAUUACUCAGUUUCUUUUAUAAGCUACUGGCGAAGGUGAUGGCGAACAGAAUGAAGCAGGUCUUACCGCGGGUCAUCUCGGACAAACAGUUCGGCUUCCUCCCGGGGAGGAGCCUAGCCGAUGCGGUCUCGCUGGUAGCGGAUGUAAUUGAUGCCGGGCAGGAGGAUGAAGAUUGGCUGCUGCUGCUGGUGGAUUUCCAAAAGGCUUACGAUUCUGUGUCCCGGGGCUACCUGUUUGCGACGCUUAGUGACAUGGGUUUCCCGGAUAAGUUUGUGCGGUGGGUGAGGGGCCUGCACGACGGCGCGACGACCAGGAUGCUGCUGAACGGUUGGGUAGGAGAGCGUGUGGCAAUGGACAAGGGAGUGUGGCAGGGAUGCCCGCUUGCUCCAUAUCUCUUCCUUUGCGCGGUGGAGCCGCUCUGCCAGGAAAUUGGGAGGAGGAAUCUGGGUGUUCGGAAAUGA